AUGGCAGCGCGUUUUAAAAUUCGUUCUUUGACGAGAAAAUUUGAGAAAAUACAAAAAAGAAAUCGAGGGAAUAUUAUAAAAUUACAAGAGGGGCUUCAAGCUUGGAAAACUGAAAAUAUUUCAAGCGAGGUUGAGGAAAACGAAGACGAAAUCGAAGAGUUUGAACCCGCGACGGACAUCCUGAUAAAUACAAGGGUAGGCACAGUAAACACCGAGAAAUUUUUAUCAUUGUAAACAUUUAGGUCUGUUUUAAAAUUAUAAUUCACGUACUCCAUGAUUUGGCAUUAGGCAAGACAAGCUCACGGAAGCCGAAUUGUUGACAUAAACCAACUGAGAAAAGGAUUGGAGAGUUGUGAAUUUUGCAAAGAAAGUAAACAAAGGCAAAUGUGAAGCAUUUAAUUUCUCCACUUCAAGUACAGAAUUAUUUCGAUCCAAAAUUUUGAUAUAAUUUGGUCACUAUGUAAUUAUAAAAUAAAGUACUGUUUUCAAAAUAGACAAGUGUCAGUUAAUUAAAUUUGUAUAAAUAUAUUAUAAUUAUGAAUUGAUGUAAAGGUUUGAAAUAAACAAUAAGAACAAUGGCAAUACUCUAUUAUCUUUAAGGACCACUGUCAUUGAGAAAUGUACAACAAGAAAAGUUAUAUGGUCCAGCUAGCAAGCUAGAUAUUCAAUGUCAGUUUUGUGGUCAAACUAAUGUUGUUGAAACAUCACUCGCCCACAAGACCGGAGCCUCUGGUCCAAUGGCAUAUGACAUCAAUUCAAAGUCAGUUUUAGCCAGUCUUUAUACCGGAAUUGGUGAGACGCAAUUGAAUGGCAUCUUGUCAGUUAUGAACAUCCCAACCAUGACCCGUGCUUCAUUCAAAACCCGUGAGCGCGAGAAGCUAGUAAAGCCGUUGAAGCAGUUGCAGGACACACAUGUGUUGAAACAAUAGAAAUAGAGAAAGAACAUGCAAUUAAAAUUGGUGAAAGACCAGACGAGAAUAAUCUUGUUCCAAUUUCAUGCUUGUAUGACAUGGGUUGGCAGAAACGAGGCAAAGCUUUCAAUUCAAACAGAGGACAAGGAGCUGUAAUGGGCUUGUACACUGGAAAAAAAAUGGACUACACAACAAAGACAAAAAAAUACAGAAUUUGUGAUCAUGACAAAAAAAUGAACUCUACUCCCCGCAAACAUGACUGCCGAAAAAAUCAUAGUGGUUCAUCAAAAGAUAUAGAGCCUACAUCUGCUGUUCAGCUGUUUAAUAACAUAACGAAACACAAUGCUAAGUACUCAACUUGCACUGGGGAUGAUGACUCAACAACUGAAUGUUUUAUACAUGCACAAGUACCAUAUCGAGUUGAGAAAUUUAGUGAUAUAAUUCAUAUUAAAAGAUCGUUAACUAGUAGAUCACAUAAUCUGGCCAAAAUGAAAAGAUUUCCCGAUUGCUCAUCAUUGUCAAGAAAGGUAAUCGACUAUCUCGUGAAAUGCUUUUCAGUUGCCGUCAACCAAAACAAGGGUGACCCAAAAUCAAUGCAAGCAUCAUUAAAUACAUAG